UGCCCCCUCCAUUUGCAGCCUCUCCCCUAGCAUGCUGGAUGUAUGGACAGUUUGGCAGAGCAGAGAUUGACGACUCCGAGCCUGCCGGCCCCACACCUGGAGCAUUAUAGCGUUCUGCAUUGCACCAUGACCCUGGACGUGCAGACCAUCGUGGUGUUCGCUGUGAUCGUGGUCCUCUUGCUCGUCAAUGUCAUCCUCAUGUUCUUCCUGGGGACCCGCUGAACGCUUGAACUGUGUGGUCAGUGGAGAGGAGCUGCUGUUGCUGCUGCCGCCGCCGCCGCCGCCGCCGUCGUCGCUGCUGCUCCUGAGGGCUCCAGCCUCUGAAUUCAUCUGGAGGGAGACAGCGAGAGAGUGAGGAGGCGCAGAGACCCAGAGAGGGAGACACACACACAGACACAGACACACACACACAGACACAGACACACACACACAGACACACACACACUCUCACACAACACAGAGACACAGAGGAGAACCACAGAGACAGAGAGCUUUCUGCCCGGGGGGGAAGGCGCCUGGAGUUUCAACAUGGCUUCACUGUGAUGUGUAUGACGUUGCUGAUCAGCGGAGGUUCCAUCGUGAGUGCUGAGGCAGUAUGGGAUCAUGUCACCAUGGCCAACCGGGAGUUGGCGUUUAAGGCGGGCGACGUCAUCAAGGUCCUGGAUGCUUCCAACAAGGACUGGUGGUGGGGCCAGAUCGAUGAUGAGGAGGGAUGGUUUCCUGCCAGCUUUGUAAGGCUGUGGGUGAACCAGGAGGAUGGUGUGGAGGAAGGGACCAGUGAGGUACAGAAUGGGCACCUGGACCCCAAUGCUGACUGCCUAUGCUUGGGCAGAUCACUGCAGAAUCGGGACCAGAUGCGUGCCAAUGUCAUCAAUGAGAUCAUGAGCACCGAGCGUCACUAUAUCAAACACCUCAAAGACAUAUGUGAGGGUUACUUAAAACAGUGCCGGAAGAGGCGGGACAUGUUCAGUGAUGAGCAGCUGAAGGUGAUUUUUGGCAACAUUGAGGACAUCUACCGGUUUCAGAUGGGCUUUGUGCGUGACUUAGAGAAGCAGUACAACAAUGAGGAUCCACACCUCAGCGAGAUUGGGCCCUGCUUCCUGGAGCAUCAAGAUGGCUUUUGGAUCUAUUCAGAAUAUUGUAACAACCACCUGGAUGCGUGCAUGGAGCUCUCCAAGUUGAUGAAAGAUGGUCGCUACCAGCACUUCUUUGAAGCUUGCCGCCUGCUGCAGCAGAUGAUUGACAUUGCCAUUGAUGGCUUCCUCCUGACCCCUGUGCAGAAAAUCUGCAAAUAUCCACUACAGCUGGCAGAACUCCUGAAGUACACAGCCCAGGAUCACAGUGACUACAGGUAUGUUGCGGCAGCUCUCGCCGUCAUGAGGAAUGUGACCCAGCAGAUCAACGAGAGGAAGCGGCGACUGGAGAACAUUGACAAGAUUGCCCAGUGGCAGGCCUCAGUCUUGGACUGGGAGGGGGAGGACAUCCUGGACCGGAGCUCAGAGCUGAUCUACACCGGGGAGAUGUCCUGGAUCUACCAGCCGUACGGGCGCAACCAGCAGAGGGUGUUCUUCCUCUUUGACCACCAGCUGGUCCUCUGUAAAAAGGUAACCCAGCUCCGGGAAGCUCCUUCUCCUGCCUCCCUGGCGGCACACAGCUCGGACCUGAUCAGGAGAGAUAUCCUUUACUACAAGGGCCGCAUCGACAUGGAUAAGUAUGAGGUGGUCGACAUUGAGGACGGACGUGACGAUGACUUCAACGUCAGUAUGAAAAAUGCCUUCAAGCUACAUAACAAGGAAACUGAGGAGGUCCAUUUGUUCUUUGCCAAGAAACUGGAGGAGAAGCUUCGCUGGCUCCGGGCUUUCAGAGAAGAGAGAAAGAUGGUACAAGAAGAUGAGAAAAUAGGCUUUGAAAUUUCUGAGAACCAGAAAAGGCAGGCCGCCAUGACUGUCAGGAAAGUCAGUAAGCAAAAAGGUGCCAACUACUCCCGGGCUGUCCCUCCGGCUUACCCGCCACCCCAGGACCCAGUGAGUCAGGGACAGUACUUGGUGACAGACGGCAUCACUCAGUCCCAGGUCUUCGAGUUCUCGGAGCCCAAGCGAAGCCAGUCGCCCUUCUGGCAAAACUUCAGCAGGUUAACUCCCUUUAAAAAAUAGCGUUCAGUGGGAAAUGUCAGAUUUUAAAAAUAAAUAAAAUUAUAUUUCUAGAUGGA